GACAUCGGACACGGAGGAAACUCGAGAACCGAAGGCGAGAACGCAGCCCCUACAGGAGGUGAUCCUUAGAGAAGGAGACCAGCACCGGCAACGGCGCCCAUGACAGCGAGAGCAAUCUCCUUGCCGGGGAUGGUGAGGGCGGCGGCGGCGCCAGCCCGCGAGGUGGCGGCAGAAGCGGCCGACGAAGCACCGCUCAUGACCGACGAGGCGCGCGAGGCGGCGCUCGAGGCAGCGGCCGAGGCCGAAGACUGGACCGACGAGAGAACAGCCGAGGCCGAGGCGACGGCACCCGAGGCCGAGGACUGGACGGCCGACUGCUCAGAGGAAGCCGCGGCGGCAGUCUCCGACGCGGACGAGACGGCGGCGGAACUGGCGGCGGCGCUGUCAGCGGGAGCGGAGGCCGAGGCCGAGGCGCUGCCCUGGCCAGCGCAGAGCUGGCCCUGGAGGGCCUGGGCGGCGGCAACCUGGUCGGGGCACUGCCUGUGGAGCGUCAGCUCAAAGUGCCCACAUGAAUGAAAGACAGAGACGACUCACGCGUUGAUGCAGUCAAGGGCACCCUGGACGAACUGCUGCGACGAGCAGAUGCAGGCAAAGUCGGUGACACCCGAGCAGCCCGAGGCGGUGGCACCCUGGGUAGCGCAGGUGAGGAUGCAGGGGUUGACGGAG